AUGGCCACCAAGACUCACAAGACGUGGCAAGAGGAGCUUGUUGCUGAAUGUCGCAAAAUGAGAAUCCCAGCUCCAGUGUUCAACAUUGUAUCAGAUCGACGAGGUGGGCGGACAGCAUGGUCUGCAACAGUCACCAUUCAGGGGCAGAACCUUGCCGCCAGAUACUGGUACGAUGGACAAUAUCUAAACAACGCCAAAGAAGAUGCCGCCGAAGUCGCCUGUACCAAACUUCGCAACCCAUCCAUCAGCUCGAGCCAGUCAACAUCAUACCGUUCCUCAUCAUCCAGCUACCCCAGCGGCGCAUAUCGCUAG